CAUGAGCCGAGCCAAACUGAGGGGAACCACCCAUGUGAUGACGUCACAUCGCUCUGACAAGCUGGUGGUGCCGGAUGAAAAGAUGGCGGAUCAAGACGAGCCGAUCAGCAACGAGGAUAAGUUGCGCAUCGCAGCUGCAUUCAUCAUUCAUGCCCCACCAGGAGAGUUCAAUGAAGUUUUCAAUGAUGUGCGAUUGCUGCUCGACGAUGACAAUCUCCUCAGGGAAGGCGCGACGCAUGCAUUUGCACAGUACAACUUGGACCAGUUUACCCCCGCGAAAGUUGAGGGCUACGAUGACCAGGUCUUAAUCACAGAGCACGGGGAUCUGGGGAACGGCCGCGUCCUGGACCCCAAGAACAAGAUCUCCUUCUCCUUUGACCACCUGAGGAAGGAGGCCAGCGACCCCCGGCGUCACGAUGUGGACGUCUCCAUGGAGGAGUGGAGGAGCGCCGUGGACACCGCCGUCAGGGCUUACGUCAAGGAGCAUUACCCUAACGGAGUCUGCACUAUUUACGGCAAAACCAUCGAUGGGCAUCAGACCAUCAUCGUGUGCGUCGAGUGCCAUCAGUUUCAGCCCAAAAACUUCUGGAAUGGACGCUGGAGGUCAGAAUGGAAAUUCACCAUCUCUCCAUCCUCCACCGACGUGGCAGGAAUCAUGAAGAUUCAGGUUCAUUACUAUGAGGACGGCAACGUUCAGCUGGUGAGCCACAAGGAGGUGAAGGAGACCAUGUCCAUUUCUAAUGAGGUCACAACCGCAGAAAGGUUUGUCAAGAUCAUGGGGGCCGCAGAGAGCGAAUAUCAGACGGCCAUCAAUGAGAACUAUCAGACCAUGUCGGACACUACCUUCAAAGCCUUACGCCGCCAGCUUCCUGUGACACGCACCAAGAUCGACUGGAACAAGAUUUUGAGCUACAAGCUCGGAAAGGAGAUGCAAAAUGCUUAAAAAAGAAAAAAAAAACUAACUGCCCCCUUUGUCUCUAACACACAGACACACACCGACAUACACACAAAAACAAUGUUGCAUGACUGGAUAGUAGUAUUUGUCUUUGUACAAAAAAAAAAA